AUGACGAACUUUUCCAUCUGCUCGCCUGCGGCCAUUCAGACCCCGGCCGUGUACGGGGCGGAAAUCCUCUCGCUUUCGGCGGCUUGGGUCACCAAUUACACCGACUACAUCCCCUACAGCUUCAACUACAACGGAGGAAAUGUCGACCUGGAAAAUGCCAAGUUCUGCAACAUCACCGUGAAGUACACCCAUCCCGGCUACGAGGAUAACAUCACCGUCGAGACCUGGCUUCCCGAGCCGGCGAACUGGAACGGCCGCCUGCAGGCGACAGGAGGUGGCGGAUGGGCUGCUGGCCGGUUUGUGCUCUCGGAAUUCUUCAUGGGAGGCGCACUGGGGGAAGGCUUUGCCACGACCACGACCGAUGCUGGACUGGGCAAGGAUACUACGGGACCCCGUGAAUGGGCGCUCACCAGUCCGGGCAACGUUGAUUGGGUUGCGGUGGAAAACUUUGGAUCCCGUGCCUACAACGACCAAGCCAUCAUCGGAAAGAGCCUGGUGAACAGCUUCUACGGUCGGGCUCCCGAGUACUCCUACUGGAGCGGUUGCUCGCAGGGAGGCCGGCAGGGGAUGAUGAUUGCCGAGCGCUAUCCCACAGCAUACGACGGCAUCGCUGCCUCAGCCCCCGCCCAAUCGUUCACCAAGUUCACUUCCUCGCUCUACUACCCUCUCUUCAUGCGCUUCUGGCAUAACGUGAACCCACUGGUCUGCGAACUGGACUUCCUGACAAGCGAAGCCAUCGCCCACUGUGAUCCCUUGGAUGGCGCGGUGGAUGGGCUCAUCUCCAACAUGACGGCCUGCAACUACGACCCUUAUACCGCCGUGAACAAGACCUUCACUUGCGACUCCUUGAACCGCACGAUCCCGCUCAGCCAGGGCGCCGCGCUCAUCGCCGAUGCCGCCUGGUCAGGCGCGCACACCACCGACGGCCGCCAGCUCUGGUAUGGAUACAACCCAGGUUCCGACAUCGGUAGCACCUUCGGUGUCGAACCGGGAUACAACAGCUCAUCGACGAGCACCAUGAAAGACGAGUGGUUCAAUCUCUUCGUCGCGAAAAACAUCAGCUUCAACACCGCCGGCCUGAGCCACGAGGAGUACCAGGAAUUUUUCAACCUCGUCACUUCCGAAUACGGCAGCUCCUGGAACGCAGACGACGCGAACCUGCAUGCUUUCAAGAAUGCCGGAGGCAAGCUCCUCACCUACCACGGCAUGGUCCGUCUCUCCCCCUUCCUCUUCUCCGCAUCCCUCCCAUACCAUACCGUGCAACCGGAACUGACGCAGUGUUUGCCCCAGGCCGACCCCAGCAUCCCCACCAAGGGCACCGAGUACCUCUACAACAAGGCGCGGGCGCUCUUCCCAGACAUCCACGACUUCUGGCGCUUCUUCGAGUCGCCGGGUCUGGGCCACUGCGCCGGCGGCCUCGGCGGCCAGCCGACCACCGUCCUCAAAGCUCUGCAGCGCUGGGUCGAGAACGGCACCGCCCCGGACACCUUGAGCGUGGAAUACCCGUCCCUCGGGAAUGGUCUCCACCGCAACCUGUGCCCGUAUCCUUCCCAGAUGGAAUAUGUUGGCGGUAAUGUCGCUUUGGCUGAGAGCUUCCGUUGCACCUAG